AUGAACGAACUCACGCGAACCUUCCCACUGGCCAUCCCCAUAGAUGGCUACGGCAAAAUCGCCCUCGCCACAGCCCUCCUCAGUCUAUACGCAGUAGUCGUCCGCUACUUCCGCUAUCAAAGAUGCACAGCAAUUCAAUCCCGAUUUCAACCCACCAAACGUCCUCUAUCAAGCAUGACCGUCAAAGAAGCGCAUCAAAUUAUCCGCGAAUUACGAGAAUUUGAGUUCCCGUAUAGUCUGCACAAUGCUAUGAAGAUUUCUCUGCUAAAGACCGGCUCAAUCCCAACAAUGACAAAACUAUUCCAAGCAACCGGCCAACUCAACGAACGCAACGCGCCCAAACGCGCCGCAGACACAGAAGUCCUCCUCAACGAAGUCCACGACCGACAGCCCGGUUCCAACGAGCAUCUCCUCGCCAUAUCACGCAUGAACUACCUGCACUCUCGCUUCCGCAAAGCAGGCAAGAUCCUCGACGAGGAUAUGCUACAUACCCUCGGCUCCGCCGUAGUCGAUAUCUUCCGCUCCGUGGACGAGAAUGAAUGGCGGGUGUUAAGUGAGACGGAGAAAUGCGCGAUUGGGGUGUUUCAUAAGGCAUUGGGGGACGCGAUGGAGAUCGACUUCAGAUUUCUCGAGUCGUAUAAGAGGGGAUGGAGUGACGGGGUACAUUUUGCACGGGAGCUGUGCGAGUGGACGCUGGGUUAUGAGAAGGAGGUUGCGAAGCCGGCAGAGUCGACGAGGAAGAUUGGACGGAGGUUUAUGGAGUUGGCGCAGUGGAAUUUGCCGGGUUUUUUGAAGCCGGUUGUUCAGAGGGUUAUUGCGAGUAAGGUGGACGAGCAUGUUCGUGUGAGCAUGGGCUUCGCCAAUCCAGGAAUCGUUAUAACCACUCUCAUGAAGACAAUAAUAACCCUCCGAAAAUUUCUCCUUCGCUACUUCGCCCUCCCACGACCCGAAUCCAAAGCCAUCCGUGUCCUCAACGAAGCCCCAGAUCCCGCCACCGGUCUGUACACGAUCAACCUCUGGAUCGCACAGCCGUGGUACAUCGAGCCAUCUUUCAAGAACAGAUGGGGUCUGAAGGCUAUGUUUGCGCGGCUUUUUGGGGGUGGUGCUGUUCCUACACAAGAUGGUGCGUAUAGAGAGGCUGGGUAUGAUUUGAAGACGAUUGGGCCUGCUGCGCAGGAGAAGAGGGGACAUGAGGAGAUGGAGGUGAUUUUUGAGGGGUUGAGGGGGAUGAAUUUUGCGGGUGGGUGUCCGUUUCAUGCGUGA